CAUGGUGCUGAAAUGGAGCAGGGCUCAGUUCUAUGGGUAUCUCAUGCGGAUUUUCCUGCUAGCCUAUGUAUAACGAUACUAUAAUUACAUUAUUUUCAUCCAUCCGUCAACACAAAUGGCAUGUCAACGUUUCCCAAAUAAUAAUGCAAUUAAGCCAAGCCGAGAUGUGUGAUUCUUCAUCAAGAGGACGAAGCACCACUGUAUCAUCUAAAACCUUCAGAGAGAUCCCUUAAAACUGCAAUAUAAAUUCUCCACAGCUGUUAUGGUAGCUAGGUCAUUUAGCAAGACAUGGACGAAUCCAACACAUAGCGUUUCUACUGAAGUGACUGACUGUCAUGUUGCUAGUUCUAAUGACGCUAUUAAAACAAGAAUAGUUAUUUGUAAUUGCUCCGGGAGCUAGUUAUUGCAGAGCCCAGCUACACAUCCUGCUUGCUGGGCUCAUUAUGGACAGCCAAUGAGCAGUUCAGGAUAAAAAGUCAUCCAGAUCUGAUCCCUAAAGCAUACAUGCUACUAGGAAACUGUAGCAACCUGCCGACCUGCACAAUCCUCCAUGGCACUAAUGCUACACGCGCAGUAUGGUAUGCUAACAUCCCACAACAAUUACCCAAUUUAAUUACUUGCCUAAACUUCCAAUCAUACAUAUUUUCUAAUAUCAACCACGGUUUCUGCACUUAAGGCAGACUUGCUAUUAGAACAAGAUGGAAUUAGGAAAACUCUAAAGCUCGUUAAACGUAGGCUAAAAUUAACUUUACCUGGCUGUCGUCAGCCAUUAUGUGUAGCCCGUUAAUUAACGCUUCGAACACACCGACUGUGUCAUUGCAUCACUGCUGCAUAACAUUUCGCGCAGCUAGGCAACUAUACUGAUGCAGGUACCUUUUGCAAAUGGUCGCAUGCGGUUGGACACAUGGAGGGGAGAAUUAUUUUCGCAGUAUCCUCAAAACCGUGUCUUUUUGACACAACUGCUGACAGCUACAGGGACAUAAACACAAAAAAUGCUGAUUGGAGACAAGUGUCCACGAUAGUAGGAUUGCCAGGUCAGUUUAGUAGUGAGCUUGUGCUAGAUGUGGCUAGUUAGCGUUAGCUAGCUAGCUAACCUAGCCAAUGAGGUGUGUGUGAAAGAAAUAGUCAAAUAAAUUAUGCUAGUUACUACCCCUGAUAACUUUACCAAAUGUUCAUGUUUGAAAGAGUGUGAGUGUGUAUGCUAGAUAAAUAGUAAUAGAAAUAAUAGAAAUGGUAGAUACUACUGUACCCCUGAUAAUUUGGUCAGAUAACCGUGUGUGUGUCUAUGUGUACAGUAGGUGACAUGUCCAUGAUAGCUAUCUAAUAACUAUAGUUAUGCUAGGUAAUGGUUUGGCUUAUCAUGUUCAUGUCUAUGUAGAAGAAGACUGUAGGAGGAAGUGGAGAGGACUCAGGAACAGGUAUCAUAGAGAGAGAAGGGCAGAGAAAGAGAAGAAGAGGUCUGGGUCAGUAGCUUCAGGCCAGCAGCCUUGGCGCUUCUGCCACAUUCUUUCUUUUCUGGAUCCAUUUAUUGUGCCUAGGGCAACGAGUGGCAAUUUUAAAGCCAGACCCCUUACGUCAUCCACAAGUGUUGUCGCCACCGGUGCAUCAAGACCCUCAACGUCACCUACAAGUGCGACCAUCACCUCCACCGAUGUAGUGAGACCCUCUACAACAUCAUCCACGAGUAUGACCACCACCGGUGCAGCCAUGGAAGAUGAUGAAAUGGAGGAAGCACCUCUAGAUCUGGGACCACCUGAGAUUAUUAUGAACCUCAUGGAAGUGACCACUGAGGACCUCGUUGAACAGGAUGUGGCCGUGGAGAGAAACAGAGAGAGAAACGAAGAGGAACAACGUCACGCUAGGCGUCAUCGGAGGUACCAGCCCCCAGAUCCACUCAAUUCAUUUCAGCAGAGGCUCCUCCAAGCCGUCGAGAGGGAUGCAGCCCAACCUGAUGCUCACAGGAAGGAGGAUGAAGAGACCCUCUUUGCCAUGAGCCUGGUGCCAACCCUGAAGAGGCUGCCUCAGCAAAGAAAAGCAGCAGUCAAGGUUAAAAUGUAUCAGCUGCUUUUCCAAGCCGAGAUCAAUGAAAUUUAGUCAAUUUAGCCGACCAGCUCACAGGAAGGACAGGAAGAGGACAGGAAGAGGACAGGAAGAGGACAGGAAGAGGACAGGAAGGACAGGAAGAGGACAGGAAGAGGACAGGAAGAGGACAGGAAGAGGACAGGAUGGACAGGAUGGACAGGAAGGACAGGAAGAGGACAGGAAGAGGACAGGAAGAGGAGAGGAAGGACAGGAAGGGGACAGGAAGGACAGGAAGAGGACAGGAAGAGGACAGGAAGGACAGGAAGAGGAGUUGUCUGGGUGUUUUGACCUCCCUCAUUGUACCUUUCUUUUCACACACGUCAGUUCUGUUUAAAUUCAGUCAAUUCAUAAAGUCAUUUGUUUAUAAAGUCUUAGGAUAGCAUUCAUUAUUAGUGUUACAUAGAUUUCUGAAUUGAAACUCAUACAGAGUUUUCACAGAUGCUCUUGGUCUCUUACGAGACUAAAGGUCAAUAUAUUUAUUUCCUUUAAAACCACUUGAAAACCAGGAUGUUGAAACUUUUUGUGAAGUUAUGUUCCAUCGACUGGUCCAUGACGUCCAGGGGCCAUUUGUUUGUUUAGCUGUGUUAUGGCUACAUAUUAUUUCCUUUUUUUCAGAGACAGAGACACACACACCUCUUCAUACCGCAGAUCUCCAGAGCCCUGCCCUCUCUCUCUUUAUGGCCAUGUCUGAAGUUCCCCUAUUACGUCUAGGAUUUAUGAGUAGUCCCUGUAUCGGUCUGCAGUUGUGCCAAAAAUACAUGCUCUUGCUGUUCUCUUACAGAUUACAGGCUAUACAUUCAUUUUUUAUUUUUUAUUUACACGCACACACACCUCUUUCAAUAGUUUUAUUUUUUAAAACAUUUUUACAACACACAUACCUGUCAUGUUCUUUCCUGUACUUGAAUACUUAUUAAAUUAUAAUGUUUUCAUAGUCAGUUGUUUCAGUUGUUUAUUCAUAUCUAAUUUAGACUUAAUCUGCUUAUUUCUUCCCUACACCUUUGCUGAUCUAAGACAAGAUGAAAGUAAAAACACAUUCUCUUCCUAAUUCGUUUUUUUUUCACCUGUAUUUUGUCAGGCCAGUGAACAUGGUGGUAAACUGUACUAUUUGUAUGGACCCUAGGUUACCCUUUCCCUUUGUUAUCAUACUAACUGUAUGUCGUAUAACCUUAGUUAGUGCUCCCGCUCACCUGAUGUACCAUGCCAGGUGUGUAUAAUACUGACGUUACUGGGAGAGGGAAGGGGUUAACCAUCUCUGGACCCACACAGACCUGCGCUUUCGGCGGGGCUGGUCCCGGCCCAACAGCGCGAUCAAGACCACCUUCCUCAACGUUGGUCUCAUUGUUGAAAGAGCCUACUCUGCUAUCUUGACUAUUUAUUAUUGCAUUUCGCUCCAAAACUGCAUUUUGGAGGGAAAUUAUAUUAUAGGCUCUCACAAUUAAUUUGUGGAUGUCAUCGAAUAAAUAAUAUA